GCUGACAUGGCUGAUCAUGGGGCAGAUGAGCCAUGCUCCAGGUCAGGGAAUCCGGAUGGGGAAGGUCAGGUCUGUGAGGACAGAUCAUUGAUCCAACAGAGGCUGGCCAUCAGCGAGCUGAUCGACACCGAGGUCUCCUACUUGCACAUGCUCCAACUCUGUGCCUAUGACAUCAGGAGCCGCCUCCAGCAGCUGCCACAGGAAGAUCUGGAUGUCCUGUUCUCAAACAUUGAUGACAUCAUCAAGGUAAACAGCAGAUUUCUUCAUGAUCUGCAGGAGACAGCCUCCAGGGAAGAGGAACAAGUGUACUUGAUUGGUAACCUAUUCCUGGAAUUCCAAGAGGAGUUUGAGCGAGUCUAUAAGGUCUACUGUACCAGCUACGACCAGGCCUUGCUGCUGGUGGAGGCAUACCGGAAGGAACCAGAGCUGCAGCAGCAGAUCCAGGACAUCAUUGUGACAGUGGUGCCACAAGCUGGACGUUCAGGCCUCAGUUUCUUACUGGUAAUCCCUCUGCAGAGGAUUACCAAGUACCCACUGCUGCUGCAGAAAAUCCUGGAGAACACGCUCCCUGAUGCCAGUGCCCACCCUGUCCUUCAAAGGGCAACAUCUGCCCUCCAGGACGUGAAUGCCAACAUCAAUGAGUACAAGAUGCGCAAGGAAGUGGCCUCCAAGUACACCAAGGUAGAGCAGCUGACCCUGCGGGAGCGGCUGGCCCGCAUCAACACGCACACCCUCUCCAAGAAGACCACACGGCUGAGCCAGCUGCUGAAGCAGGAGGCAGGACUGGCGCCCAAGAUGAAAGACAAGGAAUUCGAUGAUUUGGGGGAGAGGUUCCAAUGGGUGUGUCUGUGUGUGACCGAGCUGAGGAACAAUGUGGCUGCUUACCUGGAUCAUCUGGAGGCUCUCUUGCGCUUCAGGCCACACGAAUACAAUCUGGACAUCCCCGAGGGACCCGUGGUGCAGUAUUGCAACCUGGCGAGAGACCUUCAGCGGGAGGCCUUCCUGGAGUUUAAGCAGCGGCUGGAAAGCCUGGUGUGGCGGCCACUGUGCAGCCUGGCCAAAGCCCUGGUCGGCCCUCAGAACCUGAUCAAGAAACGUCUGGGCAAAUUGCUGGAUUUUGAGCGGGUGGAAGAGAAGCUGUUGGAAGUGGGCAGCAUGACCUAUGAGGAGGAGGCGGCCCGCCACACAUACCAGGCACUCAAUGCCCUGCUAGUGGCUGAGCUGCCACAGUUUAACCAACUGGUUGUGCAGUGGCUUGGCCAGAUCCUGUGCACGUUUGUGGCCCUCCAGGGGGACCUUGCAAAACAAGUGCUGCAGAGGGCAGCAGGUGUCAUGGCCCAGCUGCCCCACCGCCACAUCUCUGAGCCGGCCUUCAGGAAGCUGGUGGAGGACACGCUAAGCCAGAGCAGUAACCAGCUUCGCUCCUUUCGAGAGAACUUCGAGAAAGUGCUGCCACCUCCCACCACACAACCACUCCUUCCAGGGUCUGAACGCCAGGUGCAGUCUCUCCUGAGCAGGUAUGGCCCCGGGAAGCUGUACCAGGUGACGAGUAACGUCAGCGGGACUGGGACUCUGGACCUGACACUGCCGCGGGGCCAAAUAGUGGCCCUCCUUCACAACAAGGACACCAAGGGCAACAGCAGCCGCUGGCUGGUGGACACUGGGGGACACCGAGGGUAUGUGCCAGCCGGGAAGCUACAGCUGUACCAUGUCGUCCCCACUGAGGAGAAAAUCAGAGGGCAGGCUGGGCUGCACAGCGUCUCCCAGCACCUAACGCUGGCACCCACCCCAGCCCCUGCCCCCAUCCCCACCAUGACCCAGGUGGUAGCAGCAUACCCCUUUGUGGCCAGAAGCAGCCAUGAAGUAAGUCUGCAGGCCGGACAGCCCGUGACCAUUGUGGAGGCCCAGGACAAGAAGGGGAACCCAGAAUGGAGCCUGGUGGAAGUGAACGGACAGAGGGGAUAUGUGCCUUCCAGCUUCCUGGCCAGGGCCCCAAGCCCAGCGCCAUGGGGCUGGAGUGUGCCCUCUUAGGGUGCCCUACGUGAGGUUCAUGUUGCUAAGGGAUGGGGGAGGCUUAGAGAGGCUGUGACCCUGGAGGAAAAAGAAGCAAAGAAAAGGUAGAGAAGAUCAGUACAGGGUGUGUGAGGGGCACCCA